CUCGGAAGACCUAUACAUUGCUGAAUCUGAAAGAGCCGGAUAGGAUUAUUAUAUUUUAGCCAAAAUGACGACCGCUCCGUAUAAUUACUCCUACAUUUUCAAAUACAUUAUUAUUGGUGACAUGGGAGUCGGAAAGUCAUGCUUGCUUCAUCAGUUCACAGAAAAGAAAUUCAUGGCGGACUGCCCUCACACAAUUGGCGUUGAGUUUGGCACACGGAUAAUCGAGGUGAGCGGACAGAAAGUCAAGCUUCAGAUCUGGGACACGGCAGGGCAGGAGCGGUUCCGAGCUGUCACGCGUAGCUAUUACAGGGGGGCUGCGGGGGCCCUCAUGGUCUAUGACAUCACCAGGAGAAGCACAUACAACCAUCUCAGUAGCUGGCUAACUGAUGCCAGGAACCUCACCAAUCCCAAUACUGUGAUCAUUCUCAUCGGUAACAAAGCAGACCUGGAAGCCCAGCGAGACGUUACGUACGAAGAAGCCAAGCAGUUUGCCGAGGAAAACGGUCUGUUAUUCCUGGAGGCAAGUGCAAAAACGGGCGAGAAUGUUGAGGAUGCAUUCCUGGAGGCCGCCAAAAAGAUCUACCAGAACAUCCAGGACGGCAGUCUGGACCUGAACGCCGCCGAGUCGGGCGUUCAGCACAAGCCCACGGCGCCCCAGGGCGGUCGCCUCACCGGAGACGCUCAGCCUCAGAAAGAAGGCUGCAGCUGUUAAUGACCAUGAACACUUCUCUUCUUCUCCAAACUCCC